UUUCAUAAUAAAGUAAUCAAAAGAGAAAUAAACGAACUGGUGGCGAUUUCGCACAGCCGACAGUAAGCACCGUAACGCUGUAAAUAAGGUUUUGUUUGCUUGCAACGUCGUGGGUGUGGUUUUUAAAUGAUGGAAACGGUAGUAAGUGAUUCGCGUUUUCAGACCCAGUUAACAUCGAUAAUGGAAAUGUUAGCGAAAACAGCCGUAGUUGAAAUAGGUAAACUUGUAGAGCAGAGUCAUGCAACAUUAAAGCUAGAGAUAUCUCGUCGAAUAAGCGAAAACGAAUCUCUCAAGAGCAAAUGUGAUUUUCUUGAGAAAGAGCUCAAAGCGACCAGAAGAAGUGCUCAAGCAAGUACUGAUGUACAGUUUGGCAGCGGAUCUAACGAAGUCGGACAUCGUCCCACCAUUGACGGCGUCUUUGGGAAGGAAUGGUGUAUGGACUUGUGGAAGGAGAAGAAAGCGACCGCGCGUGAGGAGGACGGGACGCGCGCGGACCCCUGCAUGUUAGAGUCAGUCGAUCUGAUGGAUGAUGAACCUGACAUGAUCAUUAUCAAGGACGAAGCGUUUGAAGAUUGUUCAGGGAAAAGUAAGACACAAGCAGACUCGAGAAGUAGCGAGAAGGGGACUGCGUUCUCUAGCAUUGAAGGGGACGUUGCCCGGAGUGGUGAAGACUUUAUCACAUACACCAUACCUUUGGACAACACACGGCAGAGGCAAGCAGGUGACCAGACUUUUGUCCCAAGACCAUCUGCCCUGGGAGAUGGAGCCACUUCAUCUGAAAUGAAUUCAGAGGAGUUCAGUGGAUUUUUUCCUGCUAACACGAGCCUGAACGCUCCCAAGACCCUCGCGCCUGGUGCGGAGCAGAAAAAGUUUCAGUGCAUGUUCUGUGAGAAAAACUUUAGCUACUUGAGCUAUUUGAAAGUACAUUUAAGGAUACACUCCGGAGAGAAGCCUUUCGCCUGUCCUGUGUGCGGCAAGCGAUUUGCUCAGAAAACAUAUCUUAAAAUACACAUGCGUACUCACUCUGGAGAAAGACCCUACACCUGCAUCGAAUGUGGAAGAAGCUUUUCACAGAAAAGUUCGCUUAAUAUACACCUGCGCCGGCAUACUGGGGAGAAACCGUAUACCUGUGUAGACUGUGGGAAACGGUAUGCAAAUAAACAUGGUAUUAAUAGACAUCAGUGCACUAGCUAGACUAAUGUCAAUAUUAAAUAUGUAACUAGAAUAAAUGUUGGACAGGUACUGUGCAAUGUGCACAUUUGCACAUACAUCAAAGAACAUUCUGCAAUCUGUGUGUAUAAAUUAACUUGUUCUUUUUAAAAGGAAACAUUUUUCAACUCCAUCUUUGUUUAACACAUCUGUAAUGUAUGGCUGAUUACCAUUUACUAAAAUGUACGUGCAUUUCCUUGUACUUAGAACAGAAAAUCCUGUUGACUCAAAAACACUUCUAAUGGAAGCUCAAGAGCAGUUGUUGGGGAAGACUUGCUACAACUGCCCUUAGAGAGUAGAUUUAAGAUCCUGGAUCGUUCCUUUAUGCAUAGAAAACAUGUCCUUGUAUUGUCGGUUUUGUUCAGAAGUUUAAAUAUGGUGUGUCCAGGAAGACUGUUUUCAGUCUUACUAUACUUUGGGAAACAAAACCCAGGAAUAGCCAGUUAAAUAAGACAUGGUGGUGGCAUUGUAAUUAUUCUCAUGGAUAAACAUACUUCCUAUGGCCAAGACGAAGACUGGCGAAAGGGGUGGGGGUGGGGUUUGUCUUGUGCAUCCAGUUCCGAGUGUUAUUUUAAUAAAACAAAGCCCAGUUUGCUCUGUUUGUUAACUAGGAAUGUUUGAAAUAAUAUAUGUAUUUGUUAGUAGAAUGGGCAAUUCAAUUAUUCCCAUUAUUCCCAAGUUUUUAUCUUAUACAAUCUAUUUAAUUUCAUUUAUCCCUAUUCUAUUAUUUUCUUCUGGUUGAAUAAUAAAUUGUUGUUAAAUAAAUAUGGUGAAUUUGUGAA